AAGUAGGCUGUGACUUGUGAAGUUGUGCCGAGUACACGUUACAGCAGCUGACGAGAGUUGGCCGAUCGCGCAGCUAUAACUGGGGCUAUAAUAUACGUGCACGAGCGGGAGCUGGAGCUGGCAUAUCCAGCAGUACCGACAGACAACGACAGACAACGUCCGCGUCUCGUAAAGUGCACUUUGUCGCAGUGAGUGCGUGUGCGUGCCAGUACUGCCAGUGCCUCCGCCAAUCAGUCAAUCCGUCAAUCGCCCGAGCAGCUGAUUCAACCGUCCCUUGUGUUGUUGUCGCGAUCUAUUACUCCGCGAGAGUUCCAGUAGAUUCGAAUCGCGCUUUUAUUUGCGCGUAAUCAAUCGCGAGUUCUGCGCGCGCGGGUCUAUAUACAUACGUGUGGACCCCCGUGCAUCAUCUUCGGUGCGUGUAUAGAAUUUGCUUUAUCAUCGCCGCUACUGCUGCAGCUCGCGAGUGAUGCUGGUUGUUUGGCAAGGAGCCGCCCGCCGUUGCCUGUGUAGCAGCGGGCAACGUACCGGCCAGAGCUACCAGUUCCGCCAGCAGCAGCAGCAGCAGCAGCAGCAGCAACUUCACCUGAGCCGCGGUUCCGUGACCGACAAGCUCGAGAGAUACCAACUCGCCGACAACCGGGAAGAUGCGGCCUUACUGCUGGAGCUGAGACCGUCUCGUAGGCUUCGCAAGACCGAGGGCCCGCACCCGAAGCCGCUGAGCAACAAGUAAGGAUCUCGCCGCGCGACCGCAUCCUCUCUCUUUCUCUUUCGUCGCUGCUUUUCAUUGCGCUCCUCUCUGCGCGCAGCCCCUUGCGAGCCGUCCUGCGACCCGAGACCGAGCGCGUCUGAGCGCGUCUGAGCGAGAGAGAGAGAGAGCUUGUAGCGCUGCUCAGUCGGAGAGAAAGAAGGACGACGAGGCGUCGCGCGAUCCGGGGAAAGGUGCUGGGAAGGGCCGAUUGGACGAGAAUGCCGCCGCCGAGGAUGAUGCUGCUGCUGCUGCCGCUGACGCUCUCGCUGACGCUGAGCGGCCGAGGCCUCGUCGCCGGCCAGGAGCAGACGACCGGAGCCAGCCAGAAGAAGCCGCAUCCAUGCCCGAGCGAGGUCUACUGCCACGGCGAGCUGCUGCACACGAUCCAGAUGGCCUCGAUCUACACGGACUCGAAGACGUUCGUCGACAUGAAGAUGCGCCAGCCGACGGAGGCGACGCUCGGGCUGUUCCGCGAGUUCAUGAACCGGACGGCCGGGGCGCCGACGCGCUCGCAGAUCGAAAAGUUCGUGAACGAGACCUUCGAGCCGGCCGGCUCCGAGUUCACGGACUUCGACCCGAAGGACUGGGUGGCCCAGCCCAAGUUCCUCCGCAAGGUCCUCGACCCGGAGCUCCGGAAGUUCGGCCAGGACCUGAACCACAUCUGGAAGCUGCUCGGGCGCAAGAUGAAGGACGACGUGCGGCUCAACAGCGAGCUCUACUCGAUCAUCUACGUGGAGAACCCGGUGAUAGUGCCGGGCGGCCGGUUCCGCGAGUUCUACUACUGGGACUCCUACUGGAUCGUGAAGGGCCUGCUGCACUCGGAGAUGCACGCCACGGUGCGCGGCAUGCUCAGCAACUUCGUCUCGAUCGUCGACCGGUACGGCUUCAUCCCGAACGGCGGCCGGAUCUACUACACCAUGCGCUCGCAGCCGCCCAUGCUGCUGCCCAUGGUGCACGAGUACCUGAAGCACAGCAACGACUACCAGUGGCUCGAGGAGAACCUCUGGCUCCUCGAGAAGGAGUUUGACUUCUGGAUGACCAAGCGCACGGUCGAGGUCGAGCGGGACGGCGUCAGCUACACCCUGGCCCGCUACUACGAGGAGUCCUCCGGCCCGCGGCCCGAGUCCUACAGGGAGGACUACCUGACCAGCCAGAGCUUCCGCACGAGCGAGGAGAAGGAGAACUACUGGGCCGAGCUCAAGACCGCCGCCGAGACGGGCUGGGACUUCUCCAGCCGCUGGUUCAUCCUCGACGGCACGAACAAGGGCAACCUGACCAACCUCAAGACGCGCUCCAUCAUCCCGGUCGACCUGAACGCCCUGAUCUACCGGAACGCGGUCCUGCUGGCCCAGUACAACCGGCACUUCGGCAACGUCAGCAACGCCGAGCGCUACGAGCGCCGGGCCCGCGAGUGGCAGCGGGCCGUCACCGCGGUCCUCUGGCACGACGAGGUCGGCGCCUGGCUCGACUACGACAUCCUCAACGACCUCAAGCGCGACUACUUCUACCCGACCAACAUCCUGCCGCUCUGGACCGGCUGCUACGAGGCCGCGCGCCGCGAGGAGCACGUCUCCAAGGCCCUCAAGUACCUCGAGAAGAGCCAGAUCAUGAUGAACCUCGGCGGCAUACCCACGACCCUCGAGCACUCGGGCGAGCAGUGGGACUACCCGAACGCCUGGCCGCCCCUCCAGUACUUUGUCAUCAUGUCGCUCGACAGCACCAACGACCCCUGGGCCCAGAGGCUCGCCUACGAGAUGAGCCAGCGCUGGGUGCGCAGCAACUACAAGGCCUUCAACGAGACCAACAGCAUGUUUGAGAAGUACGACGCCACGGUGUCGGGAGGCUACGGAGGCGGCGGCGAGUACGAGGUGCAGCUGGGCUUCGGCUGGUCGAACGGCCUCAUCCUCGACUUGCUGGACAAGUACGCCGACCGACUGACCGUCGAGAACCACUUUGUGCCGUCCGACGUCACGACGCGAAACGUGGCCGGGCCGCAGCUCGCCGGCGUCUCGACGGCCGGCCAGCUCAUGACCGGCGUCCUCGCCCUCAUCAUUUCCCUGGCCGCGGGAUUCAUCGGGAUGGUCAUGUACAAGCGGCGCCACUACUACGGAGUCUCGGGCCCGUCGACGGCGCCGAGCAGCCGCAAGUCCGCCGGAGGCGUCGGCCCGGCCUCGGCCCUCUACCGCAAGCGCUUCGCCUACACCGAGCUCAAGGACAUGAACAACGACGACUGACUAGCCGACGUCGGCGACGGGGACGAGGACCUGGAGCCGCUCAUCACCUAGCCUGCAGCUGCGCGCGCACUCGCUCGUCUGCUGGACUGGCGCAGAGCCGACUCGGAAAGUCCUAGUAUUAUUUAGCCAAUUCAAUGUCAACCGCCUCGAUCGCGUGAGCGCGCUAUAUACUAUAUUUCUACAUACCUAUACCUAUAUAUAUAUAUAUAUAUCAGUCGAGUGUACGCGUUCGCGAGUUUUUCCGUUCCCGGCCUGUCGAGACGCUCUGCCUCGCGCACCCGACCGAUCCUUCCAUGACAGCUCAAAGUAUCGCCGGAUACUUUUUCAACUGGCUCCGAGUCGGCGUCUCGACACCCCGCAAGCUCGUCGCGUUCGCGAGUGAAGAACGAGUGCCUUCGCUGCAGGUUCGGUUGCAGCUUUCCUCCUCUGUGCAGGAUGCCGCUGACGGCGAGGAGCAUCAGGAAUGUCGACCGAAGCCUCCCCUGUGCCGCGAGCCGAUACAGUUACUCGACUACAAUGCCCAUAGUAAGUUAAGGAUGCAGUUACACAAAUCAUGCAAAUAAUAUGACGACUGGCGAAUUUCUUACAACUCGAUGUAGCUCCGAUUCCGAGUGUAAAUAGGAAUAUGUUAUCACGCGUACGAGAAGGAAAAUCGAUUUAUUGAUCGGGGCUUUAUUAAGGAUUCGGCGCGCGGUUAAUCGCGCGUUCUCUGCACUUGCAAUGACAUCGCAAGCUUCGCGAAGCAGGCCCGUACCGCGCGACAGAUAGGAUAUAUAUAUAUAUAUAUAUAUAUACAUUUAUAUAUAUACACACACACAAAAUAUAUAACGUAUUUUUUAGAUGAAACCAUGUAAAAAGCAGAUGAUGGGCGAUGUGCACUAGGUAUAAAAACUGAACUCUUGAUUGUUGUGGAAAAGAAGGGAGGAUAGCAUCAGGCAUAUUUUUCUAAGUCCACAGCUUUUCCUGACCACUGCUUUCUUUCCAUGCUGCGCAAACUUUGAUAGGAUUUAGCAUGAAAAAGGCGGAGACUCUGUAAUUGAUGAAAUUAGUAGAUAAAUCGUCUGACUAUGCAUGUGAUAAUUUAAAUAAUUUUACAUGACCGAUCACUUGCUACUUUUAGUAGCGAAUAAAUGGUCUGUACAUGUAUCUCUGAUGCUUAUUAAGCUAGGGCGUUUUUCGGGGAUUUUCUCCUAUUUUUCUUCUAUUUUUCUUCUAUUUUUCUUCUAUUUUUCUUCUAUUUUUCUUCUUGAUCAUGACCCCUUCACGGGAAUGAAGAAAAAUUCAAUUACACCUUUACGUUAACAAAGUUACGUGGUCGUCUUGUGCCAUACCUUCGAUAGAUUAUCUCUCCUCUAAGCAUUAGCUGUCCGAUAGAAUACAGUAAUGGCGAGAACCUACGGGUAUAAGACAUCAUUUUUCAAGCCAUUUAUAAGAAAUAAUUCUAGAUAUAUUAAUCUAUGCGUAGAUGUAGUGAUUUUAUCCUAAUCCAUUUAUGGAACCACCGACAAUUGCUGCGGUCCAUUCGAAUAUACAGAUCAAGUUUUUAUAUUUCAAGUGAUUUUUCUCUCAAAACUUGAUCUUUCAAUACUUUUACUAUCUGCUUUUGUUUGGGAAAGUAGCUUUGUUGACCGUUAAAAUAAUAUUUAUACUGCGUAUGAUCAAGUAGACAUUAUAGUAUACGACCACGCACACUUUCAUCGUUUCUGUUAUAUAAAAAGGCAUUACACUCGUUAUGCGUCCGAUAAAUUAUUGUCGAUUAUAAAAAACGAUUUCGAUAAAAUUACCUGUAAUUAUUUGUUAAGUUACUAGCAACUGUAGAAUCAAGCUCUUCUCUAACAAUUGCAUAGAAAUGUUUUUUUACGUUACCCGUUUUAUUUUAUUUAUUGUCGUUAAAAUUUUUACCUUCUACUUCAUUGUUUUAAACGCUCUUUAUUUAGCGCCCAUUUGUUAAUAUCUUUUCUUUCUAUACCUAUAAACCACUUUUGGAAAGGAGGUGGCAAUCACGACAUAAUUAUAAACCUACUCAAUAUGAAAUGAACUUUUAGUAUCGAAUACAAGUUUUUGCAAGUAUCAACUUAUUAGAAUAGCAUGAUAAUUAUGCGUGUGAACGUUUAGUACUCUAAAAUUAAUUUGUAUAUAAUUGCGUCGUACAAUAAUAAAAAAUUGCAAAUCGAAACACUACUAAAAAUAAAUUGAGAAAAAACUGCACUUCAAUUGUUUAUUUUCAUUCUCCCAUCGGGAUCAGUAUUAAUUAUUACAACAUAUUUCAAUGAUCUACUUAAUUAAAAAAAAGAGCUUGUAAAUGUGUCAUUUAUGUACAUUUGAAGCAAUUCAAACUUUGCUCGGCUUUGAAAAACGCGAUGAUACAAAUAUGUUCGGUAUGUGGAAAAUAGCUAAAGAGAAUACAGCAUCGUAAUUGUUGCAUAUACUUAUAUACAUAUAAUUGAUCAAUUUGUACGUGAAUUACGCAUUAAGAUUACUUAAUAUAUUGGCUGGAAAAAUUUAUGCAAAUUCAUAUUGUUCAAAAAAGGUGACUAUACUGCCACUAUUAUUAAGAUUUAUUAUUUUUUAUCAUUGCGCGAUUACGUACUGCAAAUAUUAAAUCUCUUUAAUUUAAUUGAUUUGCAAGACAGAACCGCAUCGAAUCACGAAAAUCAUGAGAAAAUUAUGAGAGAAAUAAAUUGUUAUAAUAACACCAAUGAAAGGUUGCCGAUGCAAAUUUUACUGUUGUUACAAUCUAUUUUAUGUUGGUAUUUUACUGGCUAUCCAAGUAUCGUAGAAUUUACUAUAAAUUUAUAUGUUAUACUUUGAACUUUGAAACAUACAUGUUUGUUUUUUUAUUUACAAAUUAGCUCCUAAUAAUACCGUUAUAAAAUAAGUAAAUUUUAUCAUCAAGAACACGGGCAUUGUUGUGAGUGCGUCGACAUGACUAUAAUGAUGAAAUACUUUCGUGGAAGUUGAAAAAACUCUAAAUUCCUAUUCAUUAUUAUUUAAUGAUGGUAACAUAUUUGAAAUGUAUGAAAAAUUAAAUCGCUGACGUAGAAAUGUUAGAAAAAUAUCGUAUCGUAGUCUUUCGAUUUUCAACCAUAUCAGGUAGGUAAAAUCAAAUACACCUGCAGUAACCUGGAGCUUUGCAACAGUGAAAAACACUACAACAUUUUUACAGAAUUGGUAAGAUGGAAAAUUAAUAAUUUUGAGUAGCAAAAAUGUAUUUAUGUCAAGUAAUUCGGUAGAAUAAUUAAAACGUACGACAAGUUUCAAUUAUUGUGUAUUGAGUCUCAAACGGAUUCGGAACUGCUGCAGUCCGAUCUCGAUGUCCUGCGCUUGUAGAGGGGUUCGCGGCCGUUCUACUUUGGCUAUGGCAUCGGGGGGGGGGGGGGGGGGCGAGCAUCCUUUUUGACACUGCACUCACGUUUGGACCCUACAUCGAUUAUGUGACCUCGAAGGCCAGCAGGCAGAUAGGUUUUAUCAAACGGACUACGUCCGAUUUUAAGCAUCAUGGCACCAUCGCCUAUCUCUAUAGGUCAUUGGUCCUACCGAUCCUACUCUACUGUUCACCUAUCUGCUCCUCUUUCAUUAAGAUUGCGUCUGGUCGGCUCGAAUCCGUCCAGCAUCGUAUAAUCAGAUAUCUUGCUUUUAAAUGCAAUCGCGCUAUGAGUAGGUUUGAGCAUGACUAUACUGGCUUAGCUCAAUUUUUUAACUUGCCGACGAUAAUGAGUUUACAUCACUAUCGCGACUGCCUGCUGUCCUUCAAGGUUCUCCACGAUUUUGUUGCCUGCGAUGCAAUUAAGCUGAAAUUUCGUAACAGGGAACUUGUGUAUUCGCUCCGCAACCAUCGACCUCUCUGUGAGAAAUCGUCAUCGUCUAAUUUCGGAUUCUUUUCAACGGUUAAUAGGAUGCGUAGAUCUUGGAACGUUCUUCCACGUAGCGUUAUCGAGGUUUCUGUUCUAUCUGGAUUUAAAUCGAAAUUGAAGAAUUUAGUUUUUAGUUUCUAAUACUCUCUUAAUCUUGAUUGUAUAUCCGUUCCGUAAUAUUCUAUCUCGUUAUUUUGUAUUUAAUUUUAUCCUGCAUAUUACGCAGUAUUUGUAAAGGGCUUCUAGCCCGUUUAAUUGCUCAAUAAAUAAAUAAAUAAAUAAAUAAAUAUUUCGAAUGCAAGUGAGUCGGUAAUCUUUUGUAAUAGUCAUUUCUUCUUAAAUUAAAUUUUUGAUUAGCGGCUAACGGAUGAUGGCGCUUUCAAUAUGAUUAACCGAUUAGUCUUUUAUAAAUUAAAAAAGAAAAAUUUCUAUUCAUGUACAUAUAGACACAUGUGCAAGACGAAAAGUAAUAAAAAAUGAUUUUCGAUACGUUUACUCUGUACGUUAUACCUGAUAUUCUCUCCGUUGAUCUAUCACUAACUGCUUUUCGCAAUACCGUGUCCAUGUAAGCUUUGUUAAGUAAAAUUAGAACUUUUAGAUAGUAAUGUAUGAGGUGUGAUAAGUAUGUGAAUAUGUAAUGUAUCUGUAUGCAUAUGCAUAAAUACAAUGUUCGAUUCAAAGUA